ACUAAAUGAAUUGUUGAUCAAUUUCAAAUAUUGUGAGAUAAUAAUUAUUGUUUUUAUCGUGUUUUUAAGUUGGAUAAUUAGUUAAAUUUAUUUUUUUUUAAAUUCGUAACCCAAGUUUUGAUAAAUCAUUUAUACCUUAUUCAAGUAUUCAGAUUAUGUUAUGUUUCUAUAGUGUAUAAAAAUACUAAUUUAUGUGUGAAAAAGUAUCAAUAUUAUUGUGCAAAUAUAACAAAAAUUCUCGCAAAGUGAUAAAAAACAAUGUGAAAAAUGGGAAAAUCUGAUCUAAAAAUAAGUUUCCAUCCAAAUACUUCCGCCGAACAUGAAAAUAUUCUACAAAAAUUGCGCUCUCGUAGCAAGAUUGAUAAUAAAUCAGCAUUAGAAUGGAAAAAGGUAUUUACUAAACUAAACAGUUUGGCAGAAAAUGAAAAAUCCAAAGACUUAAAAGCUAUCCGACAAUCUUCUAAUACUGUUGGUCAGAAUAACUCUGUAAAUAAACCAAUUUACGGUCCAAUUCCGGGUUUUCCAUCAGGCUCUUGGUGGGGGAUACGGAUGGACUGCUCUAGAGACCAGGUCCACACUCCGUUUGAUAGUGAUAUUGAAGAAGGGGAUUUUGGAGUAACGUCUAUAUGUACUUCUAAUAUAAAUACUACCAAUGAUAUAGAUUUAGGAACAUUACUGACUUACACUGGUGGAGAAUAUCAACCUAAAACAUCUCGUAAACUUAACGAUCCACUUCUUGAUAACUUUAAAAGUCAUAUACCAUUAAGGCUUGUCCGAAGUUACAACCUCGCUAAUGAAUUUGCUCCAAAAACUGGGUAUAGAUACGAUGGACUUUAUAUAGUAGUUUCUUUCUGGAUUGGAGUUUGUUCUAAUUCAAAAAGAUAUUAUAAGUACGCUUUAGCAAGAUUAAAUCAUCAAGAACCUCCAGUUUGGAGCAUGCCAACAAGAACUUCAACGAGAUUAUCAUCCUCUAUGCAAAAAACAAAUUCUAAAAGUUCUUGUGGAUCGUUGAAGUGUCAUAUGGAUUGUUGCCAAGUACAAAAAUCAGAAGGAACACUCAAGAAAAUUAACUUGGAAAAAUCGUCGAAUGUAAAUAUGAUCAAAUUAAUACAUAACAACGUUAAUUCCAGCUCUGCAGUCAGUCAAAAAGAUAAUAAAGAAAGUACAAUUGUCAUGAGGCAUGUUUCUAAAAAAUAUGAAUCUGCUUCUCCAAUUCAACCACUGAAUACAACAUAUUCUUCAAUGCCACCAUCUUGUGAUUUUCAAAAUAUGAAUAUAUCCAUAAGAACUGAACUCUAUGAUUCCACACCAAAUCCUCAAGAAGAUUUUAAAAAAUCGACACCAAUGACAUUCUAUAAAGUUCACAGAGGAGAUAAUAAAUUGAUUAAUAAAAAUAUCAUCCGCACCAACUCACCAGAUGCAAUUAAUUUGAAUAUAUUUGGUUCAACUGAUAAUUUAAGUCAAGAAUCUUCAUCAACUAUUAAAUCUUUCGGUAAAAAUACGCUAAAUCAAAAUUUCAAAGCAAUGAAUCAUCAAGAGUGUUUAAUUAAUAAUGGUUCUUCAAAUAUAGAUAAAAAAAUAAAAAGUGAUAUUUCAGUAGAAAAAGUGAUAAAUAUUAAUUCAAAUGUUAAAGAAGAAAUAAGUGAUAAUAUUAAUUUGACCAAUCAAACCAAUUCAGUGAGUUGUAACUUUAAUACGAAUUCAAAAAAUCCGAAUGUGGAAGUAAAUGGGUGUAAUGAAUCUGUAAAUAAAAAAUCGAAUCUUCCAGAAGCAUUUGUGGAGAUUGAAUCAAUGACACCAGAACAAAUGUUAAAUUUAAUUGUGAAAAAAAGGUUUAAUCCCACAGGAAAAUUAUUAAUGGGAAGUAUAAUUGGUCUGCCAGCAAAUGAUUCAAGUCUUCUAAAUUUUAAUGGUCCAUUGAAAAAAAUUGAAAAUAAAAAUGCAACGAAAGAAAAAAAUAAUAAAUAUUAUAAAUCCACAUCAAAGGCUACAUCUGCAAUGAAAGUAGAACAGAAAAAUAAAAAUGGGAGGUCGAAAAAAAAUACUGAAUCAUUGUCUAAAUCUUCAUUGAUCAAAAGACGAAGAAAUGAACUUGCUAAACUUACCAUUAAUGCUAAUUUCAUGACCAAUUUGCGUGGGCAAUCUAUCCAAACUAGAACAAUGAGUAAUAGACGGUUGAGGUGUCCAAAAAUACUUUUAAAUAAAAAAAAAGAAUUCCCUGGAUUUGUUACAAAUUUUUCUUGUGUCGAUUUAACAAAAAAAAAUAAAAAAUCAAGAAUAACGAAGAAAAGUCAUGUUUUAACGAAAAUGAGAAAAAAUUUGGCAAACAGUAAACGUAAAGAAGUUGUCAAAAAUGAAUCUAAAAUCCAACAAGCACAAAACAAUCAAAUAAAAUGUAAUAAUAAUAACAAUGAAAGUAGAAAUAAAAAUACAAAGAAAAAGUUAAACUUGAAACAAAAUAAACUUUUUGCAGCUAGAAAUAAAGUAGAAAAAGCUGUUGAUGUCAAUAUAGAAAUGAAAGAUGCAUCAACACAAUGCCUUUCUAGGAAAGAUGCAUCGACGUUAGUUAACAUGGAAAGACAGCUAUUUUAUGAAAGAAAUGAUCUAGUUAAGGUUGAAUGGAUUGAUCUUGUUGAUGACAUGAAAGCUGAGUUGAAUGAAAGUAACCAUCGAUCGCUUUCUACAAUAUUUUACCGUGAUAAACAAGUACAAACGUCUCAAGAUUAUUCAGUUUCAAAUAAAAAUGAAUUAUAUCACUCAACUUAUAUCUCAGAUGAUAGUUCCGAUGUUAAACCUAAUUCUAAUGAUUGCAGAUCAGCAUUCGUACCUGUAAAUCUAUCUGAUAGAGAUGUAAGAGUAGUGAAACUUCGAUCGAUUGGUUUUAAACCAAUUGAAACAUGUGAGGCUACUAAUAAUCCGUGUUAUGCAAAUUAUUAUACAAACACUGAUGUGGAACCUGCUGUUGUGACACGUGAGGUUAAUGAACAGUACAAUAAAUACACGAGCGAGGAGAAUAGUACUGUUGAAUAUAUGGAUAAUGAAUUGCAUUACCAAGAUAUUGAAGAUGAAGAUGUUGAUGAAGAUGACGAAUAUGAAGAAGAUGAAGAGGAAGAAGAAGAUGAUGUAGAGAUAGAAGUGGAAAUGAAAGAUGAUAAAGAAUUAAUUAUUCCGAAGAAUACAGGUAAUGAAGUGAUAUAUGAUGGUUAUAUGAAGAAACGGAAACGAAGUUCAUCGUCCAUGGAACAGGAAGAAGAUGAAGAAGAAAUAGAAAUAGAGGAAAAUAAUGAAGAUGAUGAGGAAAAUCUUCCUUGGCUUGGUUGGAAUAGAUUAGUCAAAACAAAACGGUGAUUUUUUUUUAAUAAAUUAAAUUCUUCCAUUUUUAUAUUCUUGUAUUCGUUAUUUAUAUAUAUAUAUGACUUUGUUUAUAUUUUAAACGUCAAGAUAAAAAUAUUUAUUGGAUGCUUAUUCACUUUUCUAACAAGUUUCAGUUGCAAAUAUUAAUUUGAGAUAUCUAGUACAUUUUUUUUCAAAUCUGAAUGAUCACCACACAUCUUAUCGUAUAAUUAAUAUAAUUUUGGACAUAAGUUGACUAAUUAAUAAUUGGUAUAUUUUACAGA